UACGCAACGCUAAAAUUACUUCCUUAUCACAGCACCUUCCAUUUAGUUUCGCUUUCACACAGGUUACCGCCUCUGACUGUUUCUGUUGCCACCUGAUGUACAGAGAGCACGGUGGCGAUUGUUUAAACGUUUUGUUGAAUUCGGAAUUUUAUUGUAGAAUAAAAUAUGGAUUCAGCGAGUCCGGAACAGCUACAAAGGCUAUUGCGGUUUGAAUUUAACAAGCUGGCUGUGCAAAUAUGCCGAAACUUAAGGGACCAAAACAGUUUUCAAUGGCUCAAGACGCUUUGGGCAGGGAUAGUCCCUAAACAGAAACUCGAUUCGGCGACAGAUAUCAGCCAUUUCCUGCUAAUGCUGUUGGAAGGUGACCACGUUUCCCUCACCAACAUUGAGCUGCUUAAAGCCCAGUUUGAUGCGCUGGAGCUUGGACACCUAACCCAGCUCUGCUCGGAGUACGAGGACAGAGCCGCCGUUCUGCGAGAGACAGGACACAUUGGAAAAUGUUACAGCUUUAAUGUCACUCUUCCCAGCAUUUCUCAGUGGACUCAGCAGCGAUUGCAUUGAGGAUUUCCAGCGAUUUAACAUUGGAGACACAUCAGACGACGGUUUGUUCAUCAGCUCCCACCCUCCAGUAUCAGAAUCUGGGAGCUGCCUCUGUGGUACCCAGCCCGUGAACGAACCGGAGGAGAGCGACGAAAACCAUUUCAAACCGGGUUCGGCACAGAUCACGCCCACUGCUCUGACGCCCACUGCUCUGACCCCCAGCUGCUCACCGCAGGGGAUGCUAGGAAAGGACAGUUGCUCACCGCAGGGGAUGCUGGGAAAGAAGAGUUGCUCACCGCAGGUGAUGCUGGGAAAGGAGAGUUGCUCACCGCAGGUGAUGCUGGGAAAGGAGAGUUGCCUACUGGAGCAGGAGGUGUCGUCCCCUAUUUUGGAUUCGCCAACUGGGUGCCCUGCAAAGUUCAGCAGGAGUCUGCAAGGUCCGAAGCUCAACCCAGACAUGUUCAUCAAAGACCUGCCCUUCUCUAUCUGGCACCAGUUCACCGUGGCUCUCAGCGUGCAGCGAGCGGACGGACAUGACUGGCGCUGGCUGGCAGACAAGCUUGGCAUCCCAGCCACCUACAGAGACCUCUGGAGACAGAACUGCAGCAACCCAGCAGAAAAGGUGCUGGACUCCUGGAAGAAUAAAAUCGGAGAAGCGACUGUUGGAACUCUGUUUAAUCACAUGAUCAGUAUGGAGCGAGAAGACUUGGCAGACAUUUUGUAAACUGGCUGUGCCCAGUGGACUGAUUUCAAACUGGUUUCAGCUCAGUCCAGGUGAAAUAUGGAAAUAAAAAACUAUUUCAAGGAGACUUACCCUUGACCACCGUGAUAUCAAAAGCCCCAGCAGUCCAGGCGUAUCUCUUGGUCAGUAUCUUCUUGUGAAGGUGGUGGCCUAUAUUGACCAGAAAUGAGCACAGACACAGCACUCCCCAGGGGACAGGCGGAGGCAAUGUAAAGUGAAACUGCAGUGUUUAUCUUUUACUUUUACCAUGUAUUCCUUGUGUUACAUAAAAUAAAUACCUUUUUCUUUCUCGUUUAAUGCAUACAGCCCACCCAUUCGUUUAUAAAAUUGCAUUAUAUUGUAUUGUUUUGGAAUUCUUUUAAACAACCUGCCUCUCUUAAUAUAACACUCGUAUUCAACACGUGCAGUAUGCAUUAUAUGAGUGACAUUGCCAUUCAGCCAAUCACAGCUCACAGAGGUAGUGAAAUAGCCAAUCAAACAGCACACAGGAUCAGUUUCCUCACGCACACAGCACACAUCAUUUUGAUUAGGAUAGAGAAGCGAAGGCUUGUUUAAACUAUUUAUUUUACUUUGUGUCAAAUAGUGUAUAUACUUUGAGAAAAUAUAUGUUUGACACUAGUAAGCGGUUUCGCUGUUCAGUUUAUUAGUUUAGAACCGCAAUGUGAAGUUCAAACUCCUGAAGGAGUUAGGUUUUUGUCUUGUUCAUUUUGUUUUGCGUUUAAAAUAAACAUACAGGCCUGCCCUUUUUAAAAACCUUGUUGGAGUGCUGAAGAUCGUCCUGCAUGUGACAAGCUCAGCCCAGCUUGUCACAAUAUCAUACCACGUCACUAUGGUACGCUACACAAAGCAGCUUUUUGAGUUUACUGGAAAUUUAAAGAAGCUGUGGAGUCUUAGUCAAAGGAAAGGACUUUUUUAACUUCAAGAAGCCAUGGAAAGUGCAGAAUUACCUUUUGGAAGAAACUAACUGGUGGGAUUACAACAGAGGGUGCACCAUAUGACUGAGCAAAAGAGUUUGAUUGGCUAGCAGCAGAGUGCUGGAAAAAAUGAAAGAAACAAAUGGAGAAGUACCCAUUUUCUUACAUUGCGUGGAAAAGCUACAGAAUUAGAACACAUAUGAGCAUUGUUAUCAAGUCAUAAAAAGGUGCAUUUCAUAGCGGUAUUGUUUACUAUAUCACAUUUUCACAGCUUGUCAGUAGCUUUUUUUUCAGUGCUGUUAAAAAUAUUAUUAAAUAUUGACUUUGCAUUAUCUGAUCUGAUUCCUGCAUUAUAUUACAUUUGUGAUAUUGAGUUUUUUUUAGUUAGUGUGCUAGGAAAGCAGCUACUAAUUAAUGUGUUUAUGUAAUGUAUUAUAUUUGUGUAUAUUGGCCUGCAUACAGUUUAUAUAGACAUUUUCAGGUACAUUACGAGGUGUGUAUGUAAUGUAAUUUUUUUUUAUGGUGCGGCCCACGAGGUGAACAGUCUUAACUUAAAUGGCUCUUGCUGCCAGAUAUUUCCAUUCAAAUAAAUUUUCAUAAUCAAUUCA